CAGCUGUGUGUUGUGAAUUGAACCGGUUGGGCCGUUGCCAUGGAAGCAGCUGGGUCUUGUUUGUCUUUGGUUUCCUUAACGAGUGCGAAAACUAGAAGCAGAGUGAAUUGUUCGACAACAAAAGCAACGGUUGGAUUUCCUGUGAGAAAAAGUUGCAAUUUUUGGGUUCAGAAUGAAAGAAGAAGAUCAACAACAAGGGUGGGUGCUGUGAAUGAUGUAACAACAGUACUUGACUCGGCUCCAGUGGAAGUCACGUGGCAAAUUGUGGUUGGAACUAUAGCUGGGGUUACACCUUUUGUGGUGGCAGGGAUUGAAUUUAGCAAAAGAAUUAUAGCUCAAAGAAGAUGUGAGUUCUGUGGAGGAUCAGGGCUUGUUCUUAGGGAAAAGGACUAUUGCCGUUGCCCAGGAUGUGGUGGAUUUCUUCCUUGGCAGUCUUGGAAAAGAUUCUUUUCUGGUUAAUGUCUUAUACAGCUUUGCACAACCAUACUCAAACAGUGACAACUGUAUUUUAGCUCAGAUUCUAUGUUUGUGGGAACAAUCUCUAUCAUACACCUAUGUAAAAACAACAUAAUAAAGCUAUUUGCAAUGGUUACCACUACAGACUUUAUUGGGAAGAUCAAGAAAUGGUAUUUGCUACCUUACUGAUAUACUCUAGGAAAAUUCUCUGUGCACCAAUGAUGAAAAAUAAAAGUGAGGAGUUUCUUCUGUGCUCAGAUCAAGAUGCUACACAUGUUUCAGCAUGGUUGAGAUCUAUAAUUCAGCUAUGGUUGAUCUUGCAAAAGUGUAGCUUGAUACCAAUAUUUGACAUUUUGUUUUUUAAAAAAAAAAAGUGGUAGAAGCUUGGUUUAUCCCUUGCUCUCUUCUUAAACGCUUGGAAUUCUAGCUGUUUAUUCAUUGUUGGUUGUUUCUGUGUCUAGGAUUCUGAUUGAAUUGACUCCAAUUUUAAGUAGCCUUCACACUCAAAAUGAGAGUC